UGCAGCCCCCUCCGCUGGCCUUCCCGCCGCUCGCGGUGCUCCGGCCCCGCCCCACCCCAGGCGACCCUCGGUGGAGCGGCGGGAGGCCGGAGCCGGAGGUGCGGGAUGGACAAGAAGGACAAGGCCAAGGCAGGGGCUGCCGUGCGGACGCCGGCUUCUCGCCCUCCCGGUCUUGCGACCCCCAGGCCCCCAGGGUCUCCUCGACCUCCUCCCCCAGUAACCGCCGCAGCCCUUCGAGUUUUGGGAGCAACCGGAGCUAUGGGAAGAAGGCCCCUGGCGGAACGAGGUGGGGGCGUCAGCGGAGCCGCUGUUCCCGAGGCUGCAGCCCGAGUGGCACCGACUCGGAGCGCUGGAGCAGGUCCGCGGAGUCCAGCCUCCAGGCCCGCAGCGGCUGGGAGAGGGGAAAAGGCCUCUGCCAAGACCCCAGGCCAGGGCUCUAUCUCCAGCCCAGGGCGUGCCAGCGGGACUGCCAGGCCAGGCCCUGUUGGACAGAAGGGGCUCAGGCCUCCAGCUGAGGAACCUGUGGCCAGAGGAAAAACCCCAGAGGCACCCAAAAAAAGUGUCCUGAGCUCUGGAGCACGAAAGGACUCUUCAGGGCCCACCUCAGGAGCCUCCUCCCCAGCCAUUGCCCGGAGGUCUAAGGCUAUGGGCACAGAAGCAGGACUCCCCCGACCAGCUGCAAGUGCCCGGCCACGUCCCCCAACUGAGUUGCCCAGGAAAUCAGUGAGCAGUGCAACAGAACACAGUACCACAGAGCCCAGCCCAGCCGCUAGGAGGCGCCCCAAUGCUGGUGGGAGCCUCCAAAAGCCGGCCUCUCGUCCCCUGGGCUCCAAUGCUACUCCACUGUCCUCCCCAGCUCGUUCUGGGGCUUUGGCCCGUGGAACUCCGCGAGCUCCUGCACAUACCUCGCAGCCCAAGUCCAAAGGACUGCACACUCUACGCCCUCUGCAGGCCACGUCAGCAAGAAAGGACGCAGCCUCAGUGCAGGGCCUGGUAUCUCCUCCUCCUUUGGCCACGUCCUCGCCACCUGGUUCCACAGUACAACAGGCACCACUUCCCCAAGUCUCCGGGGCUCCCCUGCUGGCCACACUCCCUCCCUCUCCACCCACCACACCACCUCCACGUGCAUUGCUGAAUCUUCCUGCCACAUCCUCCCCACAGGUCACGCCCCAUUCACAGACACUAACUGGCCAGACAGCCACGCCCCUUUCUUUAGCCACGGUCGCUCCACUCUCUUUGCAGACUCUCCCCUCUCCACCGGCCACGCCUCCCCUGCAAGCUCCACCCACAUGCCAGGAUAUAGCCUUUCCUCAAGAGGCUUUGGUCUCCCCGUUGCCCAUGGCUACAUCAGUUUCACCUCCUCUGCAGAAUGUGCUUUCCACCCAGGCUUCGGCUUGGUCCCCUCUUCAGACUCCCUUGGCCACACCUCCUUUGUCCGCUCCUCAACCUUUAGCUAUGGCCCCUCUACAAACCCCUAUUUCUCCGCCAGUAUCUCCACAGAAUCCCUCCUCUCCCUUGACCAUGCCCUCUCUGCCAGCCCUUUCCACUCUGACUGUGAGCCCUCCACUGGUCAGUCCUGUCUUGUCUCCGCCCUCUCUUCAGGCCAACCCCUCUACUUUGGCCAUGCCUCCCUCACAAGACCCUUCUCUUCCGGUCACAUCCCCUCUGCAGGAUGCUCCCCUAGUUUCUCCCUCUCCUUUGGCCUCACAGCCUCUGCAGUCCCCUUCCUUUCCCCUGGGCACGCCCCCUGUGCAGGCCCCAUCCUCUCUGAUCACGCCCCCUUUACAGCCCUCUCCCUCUCUCUUGACCAUGCCACCCAUACAGGCCUCAGCUUCUCUGGCCUCACCACCUCUGCAGUCCACUCCUCCUUUGGCUUCCUCCUUUCCGCAGGCCUCACUUUCUCUGGGCUCCCCUCUUCUGCAAGCCACACCUUCUUUCCUGCCCAUUUCCCUGAUACAAACCCAACCUUCUCUGACUUCGCCCCCUCUGCAGACCCCUUCUCCCCCUACCACAUACCAUUUGCCCCUUCCCUCUCCUCCUUCCUCACCUCCUCUGAAGGCUCUUCUCUCUCCCUCUCCUCCUGCCUCACCUCUGCAGGCUCUUCUCUCUCCUCCCGCCUCACCUCCUCGGCAGGUUCCUCUGUCUCUCUCUGCCCCGCCCCCUCCACAGGUUCCACCUCUGGACUCUCCCCCUCUCUCUCCUUCAGUCUUGCCCACUCUGCAGGCCCCUCCCACAACCACCCCCCCUCAGCAUGUCCCACCUCUGGCCUUGUCCCCUCUUCAGGCUCCUCCCUCUCCCGUGGCCACGCCCCCACAGGCUCCGCCCUCACUGUCCUCACCCAUUCUGCAGACCCCUGCCUCGCCCCCUCCGCAGGUUCCACGCCGCCCCCCGACCCCAGGUCCAGAUGCUUCCAUAUCGGGUCCACGGCUGACCCUGGCACUGGCCCCCGCUGCGCCGCCGCCACCUUCGCGCAGCCCUUCCAGUACAUUGAGCGGCCCGGACCUGGCCGGCCACAGUAGCAGCGCCACAAGCACGCCCGAGGAGCUGCGCGGCUACGACAGCGGGCCCGAAGGUGGCGCCGCAGCCUCCCCACCUGCAGACGCGGAGCUCGCAGCCUGCCACCCGGCCGCCUGGAGCCGAAGUUCGGCUCCACCACUGGCAAUCCGCGGCGCGCCAGGAUCGGCCCUGCCGUGGCCUCCAGUUGCCGGGCCUGGCUCAACUGAUGGUCUGUGCACCAUCUAUGAGGCGGAAGGGCCUGAGUCGGCGACUCCCACACCAGGAGCACUGGAUCAGGGGCCCGAGUCCGGCGCUGGUGGUGGGAAGGCUGCGACCGGGCCCGGGACUGGGGUGUCCUCGCGGAGCCCAAAGCUUGCGCGCCUGGGCGAGCUGCCGCUGGGGGCGCUGCAGGCUAGCGUCGUGCAGCACCUGCUGAGCCGGACACUGCUGCUGGCGGCGGCCGAGGGUAGUGCGGGAGGCAGCGGCAGUGGUCCAGGGGGUGCGGGAGGUGGUGGUGUCACCGGGAGCUCCCGAGCUCCGCUCAGCGACGCCGAACUGGGCCGCUGGGCCGAACUGUUGUCUCCUCUGGACGAAUCCCGUGCCAGCAUCACUUCGGUCACCAGCUUCUCUCCAGAUGACGUGGCCUCCCCGCAGGGUGACUGGACUGUGGUGGAAGUGGAGACUUUCCACUAAGCCAGACGGUAGCCCCGCCAACCACCCCUGUUUUAGGGUCCGCUCCUCCGGUUACACCUCUUUGUCUUAGACCCCGCCCCCAUUGCCCUGGAGCCCCUCUGUCGUUAGAUUGUUUUUAGUAGCCCCUAGUGUGGCAGUCUUUGGGACCAAGCUCCACCUCUACCUUUGGGGCCCACCCACACCCUUGGCCUAGGACCUCCCCUCGAGGCUACCCAUUUAAUCUAAGACGCGCCUCUGCUCUCCGUGAGUCCUGCUUUGCUCCCGUCCCAUGUCCUGUGCAUUGUCUACCCGGUGCAGCCCGAGUUUGCAAUAAAACCGGGACGCUGGA